AUGAUCCGCGCGCACCGACCGAACGGCCCCGCGAGCUCCUCUCUCGCUCAUUUCCUCUCUGAGCCGCUCUCUCGUUCUCCGUUUACACUAUUCGGUGCCGGCUCAUCCGCGUGUAGAUGUAGACUCUAACCGGAGGUCACAGUGGGAUACUGUUGUCGCCUUUGCACCAUGGAGGACUGCUGCUGCCCUGAAAGCGAGAGGAUGGAAGCGUGGCUGGACGACCACUUGGAGUUCACCCGCUCCUACUUUGUGAAGAAGGCGUCAAGGGAGAUGGUGAAUGCCUGGUUCGCUGAGCGUGUCCACACCAUCCAGCCAUCUGCCUCCAAAGAAAAUCCUUCACAGCAGCGGGCCCACCAAUCCUCCACAGACCCCACCCCCAUCUCAACCUCCACCAUCCUCCCACCUGCUCUCAGCCUCCUGGACAACCGUUGCCCUUCCCCAGCGACAGUCCCCAGCCCAGCCCCUGGCACACCGACUCGCAAAAUCUCAGCAUCAGAGUUUGACCGGCCGCUCAGACCCAUCGUGGUUAAAGACUCUGAGGGCUCUCUGACAUUUCUGAGUGACUCUGAGCGUGAAACUGUCCCUCUCCGGGGCACAGUGAUGGGGGAGGGUGGUGGUAAUGGAGGUGGAUGCAACGGGGCAGGUAGUAGCAGUGGGGCUGACCGCUGCUCUAGGCUUCUGGAGCUGGUGAAGGACGUGUCCAGUCAUCUGGAUGUGACGGCACUCUGCCACAAGAUCUUCCUCCACAUCAACGAGCUGAUUGCGGCAGACCGCUACUCACUGUUCCUGGUGGGUGAGGACAGCUCCAACAGAAAGUUCUUGGUCAGCAGGCUGUUUGAUGUGGCUGAGGGGUCCACACUGGAGGAAUCGUCCAGUAGCUGCAUUCGGCUGGAAUGGAAUAAGGGCAUUGUGGGCCACGUGGCCGCAACGGGCCAACUGCUCAAUAUCAAGAAUGCAUAUGAGGACCCCCGGUUCAACGCUGAGGUUGACCAGAUCACAGGAUACAAAACCCAGAGUAUCCUCUGUCUGCCCAUCAAGAACCACAAAGACGAAGUAGUGGGGGUGGCUCAGGCUAUCAAUAAGAAAUGCGGAGAGGAUGGUACCUUCACUGAACAGGAUGAAAAGGACUUCUCAGCCUAUUUGGCCUUUUCAGGCAUCGUCUUGCACAAUGCUCAGCUGUACGAGACAUCACAGCUGGAAAACAGACGCAACCAGGUGCUGUUGGACCUGGCCAGUCUGAUCUUUGAGGAGCAGCAGUGUCUGGAGGUUUUACUGAGGAAAAUCGCAGGAACUAUCCUGUCCUUCAUGCAAGCCCAGGCCUGUACUGUCUUUAUCGCUGAUGAAGAUUCAAUGAACUCCUUUUCCAGUAUCUUUCACAUGGAAUAUGAGGAGCUGGGUGAAGUCCUAGACGCCCCUAAAAGGGACUGUGAUGUCAGUCAAAUUAACUACAUGUAUGCCCAGUAUGUUAAAAACACCAUGCAGCCUCUCAACAUCGCAGAUGUCACCAAGGACCAACGAUUCCCCUGGACCAGUGAUAACCCAGAUCACACCAGCAACCAGAUAAAGAGUUUGCUCUGUACUCCCAUCAGGAAUGGCAAGAAGGACAAAGUCAUAGGGGUAUGUCAGUUGGUGAACAAGAUGGAUGAGGCGUCAGGGAGUGUGAAGGCCUUCAACAGGAAUGAUGAGCAGUUCUUGGAGGCAUUUGCCAUUUUCUGUGGUCUCGGCAUCCAGAACACACAGAUGUAUGAAACUGUGGAGAGAGCCAUGGCAAAGCAGGAGGUCACACUGGAGGUCUUGUCCUAUCAUGCCACCGCAGCAGAGGAAGAAUUGCGAGAACUCCAGGUAACCACGGCAGCCACAGUUCCGUCAGCCCAGUCGUUACAUCUUCUGGACUUCAGCUUCAGUGACUUUGACUUGUCAGACAUUGAAACCACAUUGGCUACCAUUCGCAUGUUCGUCGACCUCAACCUGGUCCAGAACUUCCAGAUGAAGUACAAGGAUUUAUGCCAAUGGAUCCUGAGUGUGAAGAAGAACUACAGGAAGAAUGUGGUCUAUCACAAUUGGAGACAUGCCUUGAACACCUCCCAGUGCAUGUUUGCCCUCCUCAAGUCGGGACGCUUACAGAAUAACCUGAACGAUCUGGAGGUCUUGGCUUUGAUGAUUGCUACUCUCUGCCACGACCUGGACCACAGAGGAGUCAACAACUCCUACAUACAGAGGAGCGACCACCCACUGGCCCAGCUCUACUGCCACUCUACCAUGGAGCAUCACCACUUCGACCAGUGUCUCAUGAUCCUCAACAGCCCUGGAAACCAGAUCCUGAGCGGUCUCUCCCUGGACGAGUACAAGACCACUCUGAAGAUGAUCAAGAGGGCUAUUCUGGCCACCGACUUGGCCCUGUACAUGAAGAGGCGAGAGGAGUUCUUUGAGCUCACCAAGAACAGCCAGUUUGUUUGGGAGAACGAACAUCACAGAGACUUACUGAGGUCAAUGUUGAUGACUGCAUGCGAUAUCUCAGCCAUCACCAAGCCCUGGCCAGUGCAAAAAAGGAUUGCAGAGCUGGUGGCAACUGAGUUCUUCGAACAGGGCGAUAAGGAGAGGCAAGAGCUGAACAUUGAGCCUAGUGACCUGAUGAAUCGUGAGAAGAGAGAUAAGAUUCCCAGCAUGCAGGUGUCUUUCAUUGAUGCCAUCUGCAUUCAGCUAUAUGAGACCUUGGCUGGCAUGUCGGAGUACUGCUCCCCAUUGCUGGAAGGAUGUCAGAAAAACCGGCAGCAUUGGAAGCAUUUGGCCGAGGAGUGUGAGAAGGAGCUCAACGGCCUGGUGUGAUCCCAAAGCCAGUUUGGCUUUCAACCAACACCAAUUCUCAAGGUUCUCUCUGUCUACCCUGGUCUCACAAACGUUUGUGAAAAUAGCAUGAUGUGCGAAAAAAACAAAUACCACCAGUGAAAGGACAGGUUACAGUUGCCUUCACCUUCAGCAGUUUUAGAGCAAGACUUAGGUCCCAACGUAGGCCAAAAGUCUUUUCUAACCCGUGAACAAUAACUCUAGUUACUUGCUACUUGGGUCUUAUUUUAGUAGGUCUGUCCAUCCUUCCUAUUUGUAGUAGCUGAGCUGUACUCAAUUGUACUGCUAAGAUGUGGAAAUGUGGCAGCAUCAUUAAACUGGACUAAGAGCUAAAUACUAACAUAAAAAUAUUCACAGGGUUUGUGCUAUCGUGUUGAUUUUAAGGUACAUGCCAUGACACAUACAUGGUGACAUACUGUAUAAUGUUCACCAUAUUGUUUUGGCAUGUUAGCAUGCUAAAAUUUUGUAACUAGAGCUAAACACAAAACACAGCUGCUGAUGUCAUUAGUUUUGCAUGCAUUUAGACAUUAACCAAAGGGAACGUCAGGGGAUCUCCAACAUUAUUACAGCUCAUGAUGGAACCCAGAAAUGUCAGUACAGAUUUCCUUACUUUGCGUCACCCAGAAAUUAUUUCAGUUUGGACAAACGUGGUGGACCAACAGUCAGGUAUGCCGCUAUAGCAUGGCAAAACAUUUUCUACAAGCCAGAAAACAGAGCAGUCAGAUAACCUGGUGGUAUCACAGGCUACUAGACUCAAUGUACAUGUAGUUCGAUGCAAUGAUUCAACUAGCAAAACUUUCUUUACAACCUGUCUGACUGCAUUUCAUACUGGACUUUGAUUAAGAUUGAUUAUUAUUGAAGGGUGUUUUGCCUCCUUCUCCCCAGAUCUCAAUAACUUCAAGUACAUAUUACAACAGAUGGCCAAAAAUAAUAAAAUAAGACCAAACUGUUAUAUCACUUCCCAUAAAACUCAGUUUAGCUGUUAGCUAACUCCUGUGACAAAUAGGUGAGAAUAUCGUGCAGUUUAGUGUCCACAGCAUGUCAUCGCUGUUUCAGAGAUCAUGCUCAUUUCCACAAACUUUGUGAGACUUGUCUUCCUUUCGUCACCAUUCUAUCAUAGCUGUCACUCAUCAGAGACAAUAACAGAAUCAGCACUAAGCUAUAUUUAUUUCAAUAGCUAUUUUGUAUUGUUGCACAGUGGCUUUCAUCUUGAAGUCUCACCUACACUAUCUCUGACAGGUAGUAUGUUUUAGGGGAACACUGAACAGUAAGACCUGGCUCCCUAAGGACCAGCACCAUUACAGUGGGACACAGAUAUUGUACUUACUACAUACUUCACAUAGUGUCACAAUAAUCUGAUUGUUAAAUAUGUCUUCAUUAAUAGCACACACACUACAAAGGUUUGAGUCUUUUGUAAUAUUUUUUCACUCAUUGUCUUAACUAUUGCAUAUUUAUUUUUGUUUUAUAUAUUUAUUAGAGCUUCUAUAUUGUUGUAAGAUCAUCCUUUUGUCAAGAGCACACAAUUCUUUAUACGUGUAUACAAUGUCGUUUUCAUACUUAAAAAAUCCUAUUUCUGCUUCUAUGAAGGACCUUUCUGAGGAGCAACUCUUUUAGAUGACAUUUGGAAAUGAAGUAUAUUUCAUUUUGAGUUUUCUGUCUUCUUUAAAAAACGGUACAGUAGCCAAAGACUAGGCUUGCACUUUCAGAAGGAAAUGGGUCUAGUUUUUUCCAUUGCCUUGUUGUGAUAAAACAGGACCACUUCACAAUUAAAAGAAUCUCUCUGCACCCACUGAAACCUUUCCCCUGUGAGAGGCAGUUUUGUUACGUAUCAUUUUUAUAACUGAAUGAUGGAGCAAUGUUUGUGUUGUGGGCUGGCUGACCAGAGUGCAUUGUGAUUUACUGCUUUGACAUCAUGUGUUGUAGGCAACAAAAGAAUAUAACUGAACAUUUCUGAAGACUAACCAAACAAAACAAUUUGAAGAUAAUCUCAAAUGUUAGCUGUUUAAGAGCUUUGCCUUAAUACAGUAAAGUCCUUCAAUCAGUAACUAUCCAUUCAGAGAAUUACUGAAUGAGACACUGAACCCCCCAAGUUGCCCCCCGAUGGUUAGAGCCAUUGGUUGAGUUGGCACCCCAGAUGGCUGCCUCGGUUCUGUACCAAAUUCCUUAUGUGUAAUAUACUUGGCCAAAUAAAGGUGAUUAACCUUAUCCUUAUAACUCUGACCAUUCAGUGCCAACAUUGGGUAUUUGAUAGUUUUCCAUACUCUGAAGACAGACUAUUUGAUACAAAAAGCGUCAUGGUACAAUGCCACACUCCAUAACCUGUGAUGAGGGGUCACAAACAGACAAUGCUGCAAUUUAAGGGGAAAUUGUUGGGAACCACUACUAUACAGAAUAGUGCAGCAGUAGUUUUCAGCAAAACCGUGAGCAUAUUUACCCAACAACUUCUGUCAACACUCCCUCCAGGAAAAAAUGAACCCUUAUACAAUCCAGUGAUUCAGCUCAGUGGCAAGCAGCAAAGGGCUUCUGCUGGAUAUACAGUGGCAAGAAAAAGUAUGUGAA